GGGGGACCGCCAUGAUAGCUGCUGGGGAGAAUAAUCUCUGAAUUUAGUGAUAUAUAUAUUUCAGGUAAUUUUUAUUGGAUCUUUUAUCUCACACACAAUAUAAAAAAUGGCCCAACAGACAACAGAUCACUAUUCCUCAGUUCCAGAUCAACAACAACAAGUGUCUACUGCCUUUGCUAAUGCUGUUGCUACUCUCGGAAGUGCCCCUGCUACUGCUGCACCUGUUGGACCAGGAAUCAAUACGAUUAACAAUAAUCCUGCCUUUGACCUGAGAAAGUUUUGGAAAGAACAAAUGCAGCUUGUUGACAGUUACAGUUCUGACUUCAAGUCACAUCCUUUGCCAUUAGCGCGUAUUAAAAAAGUGAUGAAGACAGAUCCUGAAGUGAAGAUGAUUAGCGCAGAAGCGCCCAUUUUAUUUGCAAAGGGUUGUGAAAUAUUCAUUACAGAGAUAACAAAGCGUGCUUGGAUACAUGCCGAGGAGAACAAGAGACGAACCUUACAACGAUCUGAUAUUGCUACGGCUAUCUCAAAGACGGACAUGUGUGAUUUCUUGAUUGAUAUCGUGCCUAGAGAGGAAGCACUUAAGGCAGCCACAGCCGCACCUUUUGAGCAACCUGAAUAUACCAACUAUUAUGCUCAAGGAACUGCUGUUCCUCCUUAUACAGCACAACAGGCAAUGGAUCCUGCAGUUGCAUACUAUCCUACAUUAACACCCGAGCAAAUGCAGCAAUAUCAAUAUCAACUACAGCAAUUUGCAGUUCAACAACAACAACAACAACAACAGGCAUCAUCAUCUCCGCCGUCGUUUCAACCAUCAGAAAAUGAACAAAAUGGUUCCAAGUCAUCAUCUCCUGGUGGCAAGGUUGAAUAA